AUUACAGUGCCGCCUAAUUAGCGAGUACUUAAUGAAUGUCGCACCCGAAUUAUUUGUUUCGGUAAUUCUUUUCUAUGCAAAGGUUGGCGUUAUAAAUUUGAUUAAACUUGUGUCUUUGAAAAUUGCCAUCUGCAUUACUUCGUAUGUUGACAUUCACCAUGCACCAGUGUAUUUUAUAAUUUUUUUUGUUAACCAGCUGGCCAACAAAUAAAACACGGACUGCAGGUUAACAAACAUGUUGCAUCUCUUGAUUGCUGGAAUAGUUAUUAUAGCUUCAGUACUUAUUUUCAGGAUUGGAUCUUUCUUAUACAAACGUUCCACAAGCCGCCAUAACGUCCCACCUGGCGUGGUCAUUUUGUAUCAGAUAGGACGAGGCCCGUUUGCGCCCAGCGUUUCUCCAUUUCCCUUGAAAUUGGAGACCUUUUUACGGAUGACGAAAACCCCUUAUGUUAACGAUCAUUCCGCAAAGUUUUCAUCCAAAAGGAAAACACCAUGGAUUGAAUAUGAUGGGAAGUCGAUAGCAGAUUCCCAGUUUUGUAUAGACUACAUUAAGACAAAGAGGGGGGUCGACGUCAGCAGCCACCUGUCACCGUCAGACUGCUCCGUGGCCAGGGCUUUUCAAAAACUGACGGAAGAAAAUCUCUAUUGGACAAUGUGUAUAGAAAUGUUUGGUGAAGACACAUCUACUGUGGAGAAAGUGAUACCGUACAAAGGAUUAAAACUGUGGUUUACGAUCUGGUUCCUCAAACGCGUCAUCAAUAAAGAGACCUGGGGUCACGGGAUAGGGCGCCACACGCAGGAAGAGGUGUGGUCUAUUGCCGUCAGUGACAUGACGGCCAUCUCCGACUUUCUAGGGGAUAAGGACUUUUUUAUGGGACCAGAGCCGAGCGAGGUAGACUGUGCAAUAUUCGGAAUGAUGGCCAUGAUUCUAUUCAAUAUGCCCGACUCAAGACACGAGAAAUACGUCAGAGAAAAUUUACCUAACAUCGUAGCAUACUGUGAACGCAUGAAGCGCCGAUUUUGGCCGGACUGGGAGAGUCAUGUCCUAACCAGCAAGAAGUACGAAAACGAUGACGGGAAAAUAUAUUUCGAAACACAAGGAAAAGAUCUUGGUACAUGUAUAUAUAGUUAAUCUAAUCUCAAAGGGUAUCAUUUAUCAGCAGGUGUAUAUAUAUAUGUAUGUAUGUAUGUAUUUAUCUAUAAACACACACACAAUUCAUACAUGUACUGUGUCUGGUCUGCAAAUAAUGGAUUGUACAAUAUCGAAAAGUGUAAUAAAGUUUUGUUUUCUUCAUAGAA